AAUUUUCCUAGUGCCAUGCUGACACGAAAGGUUGGGGCAGCUUUAGCAGUAGGCUGCACUGUGGUUGUGAAACCAGCUGAAGAUACUCCUCUGUCUGCAUUGGCACUGGCAGAGCUUGCUGAUCAGGCUGGGAUUCCUGCAGGAGUUUUCAAUGUAAUACCCUCUUCCAAGACCAAAACCCCUUCUGUAGGAGAAGUGCUUUGUACAGAUCCUCUUGUUGCUGCAAUCUCUUUUACUGGUUCCACCGCCACUGGAAAGAUCCUCCUACGCCAAGCAUCUGAUACUGUGAAGAAGGCUUCGAUGGAACUUGGUGGACUGGCUCCAUUCAUUGUUUUUGACAAUGCUGAUCUUGAUCGAGCUGUUGCUGGUGCCAUCGCCUCCAAGUUCCGAAACUCUGGACAAACUUGUGUAUGUGCAAAUCGGUUCCUGGUGCAGGAGGGAAUCCAUGAUAUUUUUAUUGAGAAGAUGGCCAAGGCAAUGCAGAGAGAAUUGCGUGUUGGAAAUGGAUUUGACGAGCAGUCUACACAAGGUCCCUUAAUCAAUGAAAGUGCAGUGCAAAAGGUGGAAAGUCAGAUAAGUGACGCAGUGUCUCAGGGUGCCAGCAUCGUGACAGGGGGAAAGCGACACAGUUCUGGAGCAACAUUCUUUGAACCAACUCUUCUUUCUAACGUCACAGUAGACAUGCUUUGUGCACAGGAGGAAACAUUUGGGCCUUUGGCACCAGUUCUCAAAUUUCGGACUGAGGAAGAAGCUGUAACUAUAGCUAAUGCUUCCAAUGUGGGUUUGGCUGGUUACUUUUACUCCAGAGAUCAUGCUCAGAUUUGGCGGGUUGCAGAACAGUUAGAAGUUGGCAUAGUUGGCGUAAAUGAAGGUCUGUUAUCAACCCCUGAGGCACCUUUCGGUGGAGUUAAACAGUCCGGCCUCGGAAGGGAAGGCUCGAAAUACGGUGUUGAUGACUACUUGGAAAUCAAGUAUGUUUGUUUUGGAAAUCUGUAUGUCUUGAGGGAUAAAUGUUAAAACUAUAUCAAUCGCUGCUUUAGUCUCUUAACAUGGAAAACAACCUUACUGCUGAAAUUGUUGAAUUCUUAAACAAAAAUGGUGUUAUUGGCACUUUUUGCUAGUUUGAAGGAUAUUUUUAACAUUUACUCAUUAUGUGCUUGAUAUAAGGAAAAAAGCUAUUUCAGCUGAAUUAAUCAUACAGCAUGGAAACAGACCCUUCGGUCCAACUCAUCCGUGCCAAUCAGCCAUCCCAAUCUGACCUAAUCCCAUUUGCCAGCAGUUGGCGCAUAUCCAUCUAAACCCUUCAUAUCUAGAUGCCUUUUACUUUGUUACAAUAAAAUCACUAUAUGAUCUAAUUGUAGCUUGUUUUCUCACCUCUUCUGGACAUGUUAAAAUAGAAUCUUUAAACAAGAACACUGGGUUAUACUUCAAAAACUGUAAUGUUUUGGAAAUGUUUGUAAACACUUGUGCAAAGUGGCUAAAAAGUACUUGUUUGUGAAUUUUAACUUGUGUUCUAAUUUUUAUUAUCUAGUUGUUAAAAGCACUGAAUUCAUGUCAUUAUUUAGUUGUGAUGUGCAAUAAUGUAACUAUUGAGAGGCAUUUAGUUUCUCUGAGUUUGUCAAUUGUUAAAUAUUUAAGAAAUAAGUCCAGUUAGCAACGUAUUAUGUUACUUGAUAACCCAGAUUAAGAUUUACUGCCCUAAUUACAUUAUGGAAGUGUACACUGAAUCUCGUUAAUACCUUGUGGUUAUUUGUAAACUGUGCGUUUUUCUCCUGAGGCAAUAAAUUUAGAAUAAGUUUAAA